UCCCCGUGUAGUUGGUGCCAGUGAAGUGCGGCCGGCGAUGAGAGCGAAAGUUGCGCUCCGCUCGGCGCUGGGGGCUUAACGCGGCCCCGCGCUCCGCCCGCCAGGGCCGCCCCCAGCUUCAGCUCGCGCCUGCCGCGCCCGCCAGGCCCCCGCGCCAACCCGCAAACCCCUCCCCCUGUCCCGGCGCCCCCUCCUCAGGAGCCGGGGGUCCCCGUCACUUUUGCACGGCCCCGGCCCCCGCCGAUGCCGGCCAUGGUGGAGAAGGGCCCCGAGGUGUCAGGGAAGCGCAGAGGAAGGAACAACGCGGCCAGCGCGGCCGCCUCGUCCGCCGCUUCGGCCGCCGCCGCCGCCUCGGCCGCCUCCUCCUCGGCCGCCUCAGUCUCCUCGGCCGCCGCCUCGGCCGGCGCCGCCUCCUCCGCCGCCUCGGCCGCCUCGGCCGCCGCCGCCGCCCCCAGUAAUGGGCAGAAUAAAAGUUUGGCGGCGGCGGCGCCCAAUGGCAACAGCAGCAGCAACUCCUGGGAGGAAGGCAGCUCGGGCUCGUCCAGCGACGAGGAGCACGGUGGCGGCGGCAUGCGGGUGGGACCCCAGUACCAGGCGGCGGUGCCCGACUUCGACCCCGCCAAAUUAGCAAGACGCAGUCAAGAACGAGACAAUCUUGGCAUGCUGGUCUGGUCACCUAAUCAGAAUCUAUCAGAAGCAAAACUGGACGAGUACAUCGCCAUCGCUAAAGAGAAGCACGGGUACAACAUGGAACAGGCUCUCGGGAUGCUUUUUUGGCAUAAACAUAAUAUUGAAAAAUCAUUGGCUGAUUUGCCCAACUUUACCCCCUUCCCAGAUGAGUGGACUGUGGAGGAUAAAGUCUUGUUUGAGCAAGCCUUUAGUUUUCAUGGGAAGACUUUUCAUAGAAUCCAACAAAUGCUUCCUGAUAAAUCUAUAGCAAGUCUGGUGAAAUUUUACUACUCUUGGAAGAAGACAAGAACCAAGACCAGCGUGAUGGACCGCCAUGCUCGUAAACAGAAGCGUGAGCGGGAGGAAAGUGAGGACGAACUGGAAGAAGCAAACGGAAAUAACCCGAUGGACCUUGAGAUCGAUCAGAAUAAGGAGAGCAGAAAAGAGGUGCCCCCUACUGAGACGGUUCCUCAGAUCAAGAAAGAAAAGCAUAGUACUCAAGCUAAAAACAGAGCAAAACGGAAACCUCCAAAAGGAAUGUUUCUUUCUCAAGAAGACGUGGAGGCCGUGUCUGCCAACGCCACUGCCGCGACUACGGUGCUGAGACAGCUGGACAUGGAGUUGGUGUCAAUCAAGCGACAGAUUCAGAAUAUUAAACAGACAAACAGUGCUCUCAAAGAAAAACUCGAUGGCGGAAUAGAACCGUAUCGACUUCCAGAGGUCAUUCAGAAAAGUAACGCGCGCUGGACCACAGAGGAGCAGCUUCUUGCAGUACAAGCCAUCAGGAAGUAUGGCCGUGAUUUUCAGGCCAUCUCAGAUGUGAUUGGGAACAAAUCAGUGGUACAAGUGAAAAACUUUUUUGUAAAUUAUCGACGUCGCUUCAACAUAGAUGAAGUUUUACAAGAAUGGGAGGCAGAGCAUGGGAAGGAAGAGACCAAUGGGCCCAGCAACCAGAAACCUGUCAAGAGCCCGGACAAUCCCAUCAGGAUCGCCGAAGAGGAUGACGAGGCUGCUUCUGUUCUUGACGUCAGAUAUGCGUCUGCCUCCUGAGAAACUCGAGUAGCUUCCAGCACUUGGUAUGGACGACUGUGUUACCCAGGAUAUCAGGUAUUACAAGACAUCACCUAGCCAUCCGCAUCACAUCUCUGUGGACAAGCAGCUAUUACCAAAAAAGGCAUACACUUCCGGUCCUGUGCUACAUCUGCCUUAAACCUUUGCUCGUUCCUCCAUGUUGGCGCCACUUCCCGGAGAGCUCCGUGCAUCUCUCAGUCUGCGUGCGUGCUGGGGGAGGGGGUCCCUGGCCUGCACGCCUGAGUCUGGGGGCCACCACCUGGGCAGAGCGCCAGAGCCCACCAGUGGCAGCUCUUCCCGUCAGCAGCUCCAGAACAGGCGGCCGGUCCGGAAGGCACGACGCUGUCCCUGCAUGGCCUGCGGUUUCCACUUUGUGCAUAACGUCGUUUCCAGAGUGACUGCGACCCUGCCGGCCUUCUAGAAAGUUUCUCUUGUACUUUUCUGAGGCAUCCACCUAAAUGAGAUCACGCUUUUUUGGGAAUCACAGUAUAUUGGCAGACUGACUGCAUUAUAAUCUUUACUGUGCCAAACACCCUGAUUCAACUCUCGCCUCCCCGACAGUGGGGUAUAAUCAUGGUUUAUGAGUCUGGUUUGCUGAAACCUCUCCCUCUCCUUUCCCACUUGGUAGAAAGCUGAUGCGCAAUAGCUUUCUUUGGACACGUAGCUAAAAAGGAACGUGGACCUCAAUACCUUCUGCCGUCAGCACUCAGCACGGCAGCCCCCGGGUGGGUGCCACCCUCUCGUUUCCCAAUUCCCCACCUCCACCACCCAGCUCCAAGAGAUUUGGUCCGUACCACUGUACCUGGUGCUUGUACAUUUGGAAUUGGUGCCUUCUCCCUCUGGCAACCACGCUCUCCAUCCUGUUUCCGUUUCGGUGUCUUAUUUCUUCUUUACCGCUCACUGCUUGCCAAAGACGAUGUCGCUGAGGCGGGGGUAGGGGGCUUGCCGCAGAUCCUGACCAUGCAGACUCUAUAAGUCUCGCUUGGUCACAGGGCGGCAGACCAGCUGGUGAGGGCUUUACAGAAGUGCACAUUGUCCCUCGUCCUCUCACAUGCCUGGCCCUUCACACGUCACUCCACACACCCUUUGGUCCUUCGUGUACUGGCGUGACCACGAACACCACCCUCUCUCUCCACAGUGUACAGUACAGGCCAGAGAAGUGAGCCCUCUGUCGGCUCUGGCGAGGGCGCGAUGACAGGGACCGCCUGCAGAGCGGCCCGUGCUGCCCUUUGGUCGGACUGGGGACAAGCGAAGCGUCUCGUCCACAUCCUGAGACCUCCAGAGUCGCUUCUCUGCUCUCAGCAGACCGUGGGCCUGCCACGGGCCAGCAGACUGAGGGGCGGGAGGGGCGGACUGGCCACCGGCCACCGGGAUCUGAGGUCACCCACUCCCUGCCCGCAGACAGCCCAGCCUGCUCUAACCGGGCUGAGGGAGCUCUUUGUUUUGUUUUUGCAUCAUUUGCAUAUUUUUCCUGCUUUCAAUACCAAAAAGAAAAAAGAUGCAGAUGCUCUAAGGUGGCAUAAACAGAAUUCUUAAGAACUUAAAAUAUGCAACUAAAAUUUGUUGUGUUUUGACUCUCGAGCACCUUGCCUUUUUUUUUUUUUUAAGUCAGCUGACUUUCUCUUUAGGAAGAGGGGUGGCUAAAAUCAUAGAUUUUUUGGAAUUGGAUGUGUUUUUCUAGGAAUCUAGACGAAGUCACUCAGAAGGGGGAGGAAAAGGGGACUUUACCCACGGCACCGUCUUGUCCCUGCUUUGGGUGUCCGGGAGGCAGGCAGAAGCGGGCGAGGAGCAGUCGGGCGGGCGGAGGGCAGUCACAGCUCGCUGACCCUGCGUGGACAGGGACAGAAGAACACGAGGAAGCGCCAAGCGCUCACUCUCCCUUGCGGGGCAGGCCUGUUGUGUGAUCACAGACGGCGGGGGCGCACGGGCAGGAGAGGGCCUGCGCUUUGCACAUCGUUUUGAGGGGACACUGGGCAUGGACAGAAGCUUUUGUUGUUCCUUCCUCCUCGUGGCCGCCUUCCUCUUCACAGAAGCAGGAGGCCGCUUCCUGCAGGGAAACGAGUAGGUCUGUUCCUCCUUUGCGCCCAGGCUGUUUUCCUUAAGAAGUGGUCCCUUCUGGCAGCACUGGAAAGCUCGGUGCUGGUCCUUCCGCAGCACGGUGGGCACGCCGCAGUGCCGGGCCUGUCCGCUCUGCACCACCCUCCCUCGCCUCCUGGCACCCGGCGCUCCUCGUCCCGGAGACACACUGUGCGGGUCUGCUCACCGCACAGCGGCUGCUGGGGCUCUCCGGGGGAGAGGGGCUGUUGUUUCCAUUCGCCGGGAGGAGGAAAGCUAGUCGUCUUUGCCUGCCUGCCUUCGCUGUGGUCUCACGCAUAAGACAGCACUGUGCUUUCCACUGUGUCGUUCCACUGUCUGCAAUGAUGUCGUAAAUGCAACAAGUCGCUUUGCUUUAAAAGUGAAGCGACCUGGUCUUACUUGGGCGAAGACCCUUUUAGACAUAUCAGGACUUGGGUGCGUCAGCAGCUCGUGCUUGGGUGUGUCAGGGUCCACGGUGACAACUGCCUCGGAUGCAACACUCACUUAAGCUUUGUCUUCUUAAAAAUUAUCAAUGUGAAUGUCAUAAUUAUAUAUAUAUUUUUGUGGAAAAUUUCUCCUAAGUAUAAGUUAUUGUGCAAAAUAUAGUACCAUUGAAACAAAUGAUAGUUUUAGUUUAGAAAUCCUAAAAGAUAUAAAUUGUAUUGCAUAUGCAUUAAAAGUUUGUUUUAUUUAAUUUUA